CAUGAGCAAAUGCACUUUUCUCCCCUGGUGGGAAGCUGGUUUGAUGCCUUAUUACUGUAAUUGCCAAAUCCAUCAGUCAUUGCAGGCUGUCUUCAAGACUUCAUCCUCUUUCACCCUCUGUUCAGGAAGGAGAGCCAGCUUAUUUUGACAAUGCUCACAGAAAAGUGCUUGGCAUUUGUUUAUUCUGCACUGUAUCUCUGGUCAUCCUUGCUCUUCUCACUCUUUAAAGUCUCUCAGCAGGGGGAAAGCCAGAGACGCUUGUACAGAGAACUGCUGCGGAACUACAAUCGUCUGGAACGACCUGUAAUGAAUGACUCCCAACCACUCGUAGUGGAACUCCAGCUUUCCUUGCUGCAGAUAAUUGACGUGGAUGAGAAGAAUCAGGUGUUGAUCACCAAUGCUUGGCUGCAGAUGUCCUGGGUUGAUGUUUACUUAUCUUGGGAUCAAUAUGAAUACCCAGGAGUGCAGAACUUGCGAUUUCCUGCCGACCAGAUUUGGGUACCAGACAUUCUUCUGUAUAACAGUGCAGAUGAAAGAUUUGAUGCAACAUUUCACACAAAUGUGCUAGUGAACUACUCUGGAUCCUGCCAAUAUAUUCCUCCAGGCAUUUUGAAGAGCACAUGUUACAUUGAUGUCCGUUGGUUCCCCUUUGAUGUGCAGAAGUGUGAUUUGAAGUUUGGCUCCUGGACUCACAGUGGCUGGUUGAUUGACCUGCAGAUGCUCGAGGCUGAUAUUUCCAACUACAUCUCAAAUGGAGAAUGGGAUUUAGUGGGUGUCCCAGGGAAGAGGAAUGAGAUGUACUAUGAAUGCUGCAAAGAACCAUACCCAGAUGUGACAUACACUAUCACCAUGCGUCGACGCACCCUCUACUAUGGCUUGAACUUACUCAUUCCAUGUGUUCUCAUAUCUGGCUUAGCACUGCUUGUAUUCCUUUUGCCAGCUGAUUCAGGGGAGAAGAUUUCUCUAGGUAUUACUGUCCUUCUUUCCCUGACUGUAUUCAUGUUGCUCGUGGCUGAGAUCAUGCCUGCAACUUCUGACUCUGUCCCACUAAUAGCUCAGUAUUUCGCUAGCAUCAUGGUCAUCGUCGGUCUGUCUGUGGUGGUAACAGUGCUGGUUCUGCAGUUUCACCAUCAUGACCCCCAAGCAGGAAAGAUGCCCAAAUGGGUCCGUGUCAUCCUGCUGAAUUGGUGUGCUUGGUUUUUACGAAUGAAAAAACCCGGGGAAAACAUAAAGCCCCUGUCUUGCAAGUACAGCUAUUCCAAGCAGCAGCUGAGUGUAAACAGCAUGGAAGUGAACGUCCUUCCUGGGCACCAGUCCAGCAAUGGCAACACCAUCUACAGCUACCACGCCAUGGAGAGCCCAUGCUGCCCACAGCAGAAUGACUUGGGCAGCAAGGGCGGAAAGAUGACCUGCCCCUUAGCAGAAGAUAUUGAGCUUGUGCAAAAGAAAGCUUUAAUGGACACUCUUCCGGUGAUUGUGAAGAUCCUGGAGGAAGUCCAGUUCAUAGCAACGCGGUUCAGGAAACAAGAUGAGGGUGAAGAGAUCUGUAGUGAGUGGAAGUUCGCAGCUGCUGUCAUAGACAGAUUAUGUCUGGUUGCAUUUACCCUUUUUGCCAUCAUUUGCACAUUUACAAUCCUCAUGUCUGCUCCAAAUUUUAUAGAAGCUGUUUCAAAGGAUUUUGCAUAACGUUUUCAAAGAUGAGCAUGAUAAUCAAAAAUGGAAUAUUGCCAGUAAUUUUACUAGAUAAUUUAACUCAAAUAGAGAAGUGUACUUAUAUGUGCUAACAUACACAGAAGGGGAUUAAAAUAAUUUCAGGACAUAAUUAUUCCUGAUGUUAGUGAUUGUAGUUACUGAAUAGUAAAUAUAUUGAACUCCGUUACUUAUUUCAUAGACUAGUGACACAUGUAAUUAUGUCAUAAUCUGUGAUAAGUGAUAGACAAGAAUUCAAUACAUUACAAUACUAUAAUAUAUUUAUUACAAGUUAACACUAGUAUCAAUGUGUUACUUUGAAUUUGUGAACUUUUGGAUGUCGUUGAUUUAAAUGACCAUUGAAGACUAUAAUUGUUUUCAGUAUGUCUGCAUUUUAUAAUUAUUAUUUGGUGUGGCUGUGACAUGCAUUUCUCAGAUCUGAAAGAUGUAUCUCCACAGUCUCAUGAUGCUGUAUAU